UGCCGCUAGGGUGCGUCUAGAUUUCUAGGCUAGUGUAGGCCUGCCUAUGGAGCUUCGAUACUUCAACUACAUGUCCCAUAAGCCUACUAGCAUUUGCAGUGUUGUUGUUAGCAGGCUCAGUGCAGUCGUCGUCGUGGUGGUGUCAAAGAAAUAUGUCCUGCAUCCUCUCAACUAUUUCCUCAUGGCAUUCGUAUUAGUGCGAACGUAGCUAUAUGGAAAUUACACGCUCCAGACCAUCGCUUUUCAGCGAAAUUGCGCAUGGAUUGGGAUUUUGGACUGAUCGAUCAGCUGUGCACGAAGCAGCAGCACAGGGUCAAGUCAGACAGUUGCAGCAGCUGAUCCAAGGUGGUGCAUCUGUAAAUAUUGUGGUAAUGGACUCCAUCACCCCUCUACAUGAAGCCUGCAUUCAAGGCCACAGCCAGUGUGUCCGUCUAUUGCUGGAUGCUGGGGCACAUGUUGACGCAAGGAACAUUGAUGGCAGCACCCCCCUUUGUGAUGCCUGUGCUGCUGGGAGUCUGGAGUGUGUAAAACUGCUGCUGGAGCAUGGAGCCAUGGUUAACCCUCCUCGCUUCACCUUCUCUCCCUUGCAUGAGGCCUGCAUGGGAGGCAAUUCUGAAUGCGUGAAGCUCAUGAUCUCCGAAGGGGCAUCAAUGGAAGCUCAUGACUGCCAUUAUGGGACCCCUUUGCAUGUGGCAUGUGCAAGGCAGCACAAAGACUGUGCAAAAGUACUGCUGAAUGCAGGGGCGAAUGUGAAUGCUGCUAAACUACAUGAGACUGCACUCCACCAUGCUGCAAAACUGGAGAAUGUGGAUCUCAUAGAGCUGUUGGUGGAGUUUGGAGCAAAUGUGUUUGCCAGAGACAAUCUUGGGAAGACACCCCUACAAUACACUACUCCUGGGUCCCCAUCGGCACUAUCCCUGGGAUUUUAUGAAGGAACCCCUCUGAGCCUGCAGCAGCUGUCCCGGCUGGCCCUCAGAAUGGUGCUGGGCAGGAGAGCGCUGCAGGUGGCAGCUCAACUGGACCUGCCAAACCGCAUCAUCAGCUACCUCUGCUACAUGCCUCCACCUACAGCAGACAUUUGCGACAGCUGACACGCGCAGGUCCUCCAUGAAUGUUCCCAUCUCCUAAGUAAAUUGUCAGCCAUAUGCAGUUUUUGGUCUCUAGUGUCAUGGCUGUUGCCUGCAUCAGGUCUACUGUUAUCUUUUCUGUUUUUUGUGACAGGAUAUUGAGAGAAUGAAAGUUACUUGCAAACGUUUAAAUUAUAAGUGAGAUGAACCAACUAGGCAUACAUUAAAUCCAUGAGUCUGUUCAAUUGUAUUUACAUUCUGCAUGUGGAUGUAUAGCCGUAUCCUCAGACCAUCUUUAAAGGAGAAACUUGUUUUGCUGGAUUUUGCUCAUUCCAAAAGAUUUUGUAACAUUCAUGCACAAAUCUGUUGUACAACUGCAUCUCUAGCUUUAAUACUGUGGCAACAACUGCACCUUUUCAGCUACUUAAAAAUGUUCCCACUACUAGGUUAACGGUGUGAACAAUGAAAUAUUGAAAACACACAAAACAAUAACAAUGAUCCUUACUUCUUGUAAAAUGGCCAAGUUCCCCGAGCACCGCUGUUGUUGCAGGCAGCUCACUGCGCCGGGAUUAGUGUGUGCUUCACCUCACUGUGUGUUCACUGUUUGCAGUGUGUUUCACUAAUUCACGGAUUGGGAUAAAUGCAGAGACCAAAUUUCCCUCACGGGGUCAAAAGAGUAUAUAUACUUACACUUAAGUCAUUGUAUGUCAGUGUUUCCUGUAUUCAGUGUUUGUUAAUCACAACCUAAAUCGUGUUGCGGAGCUAUGGAUGAAGUAAAAGAUACAUUUUGGCUCUUGUAACACUGGCAAAGUCCUGUUCAAACUAGGACCAGCUUCAAAAUAACAAAAAAAGGAAAGUGCAACACUGCUUACUUUAUGAGUUGGGUUGGUUUAUUGAUGAGCUGACGUUUUGAUCAGUCAGAUCUUUAUCAGACCUUCAUCACUCAUAGACCUUCAUCACUCUUAUGAGUGGUCUGACUGACCGAAACGUCAGUCGUGCGAAAUAGCUGCACCUGCAGUAUAAUUUAUCAAGGAGUGCAGGCUCCCCACUACUUAAAGUCAGGACCAGCCCAUCCCAUUUUGCCAACAGAAAUUAUGUGCCCAGUGAUAAUUGUUUUUGACAGAAUGACUUCAGCUCACAUGAUUGACCCCAUUAAUAAGAUAUUGUAGCUGCGCUAUAGACCCUUUCAAGAGAGUUCCAUUAUCAGCAUCAUAGUUGGCCCCACAAGGCUUCCGUUUUAACAUUCCAUAUGUUAUCUUAAUGCAGAGGAAGUAGAUUGGGAACCAAAUAGAACGUUCAAGCAUUGUUUUUGUUUUUAUUGUUGAAAGGGUCUAUACCGUGUGGCAUUGUGAGAUUUUUUUAGACUUUGAUUGAACUGCAUGCAGUCAGACUGACAAGACAAAAUGGAGCAGUGAUAUUCUGCAACCCAAAGAUAUUGAUGCAGUUGAUCACUAAAAUUGUGACAAAUUAUUUUUUUACUAUAGAGUAAAACUUGCACAGAUAUAAUGGUAAAUUUAUUAUAGAUUAACUUAUGUAAAUACAUGUGUUAUUGUAUAUACAGAAUAUGUAUAUUAUUUGGAUUGAUUCAUUUUAUAUGCAUAAGUCUGCAGAUUAUUUUAAUAUUGUAUAUAAAACACUGUUUAUCAGUUUAAAUGUUGCAUUUUUCCCCACUGUAUCAGCUUCCAUCAUUCUGAAUUACUGUCUUAAAUUCAGCCUCUGUGGCAACUUUGUAAAUAUUGGCACAUCAAUAAUAACACUGCUUUUUGAUUUACAAAGACAGUUGUGGGAGACAAAUGCUGUUGAUAUAACUGUUGGUUUUGUAAUAUCUUGUCUGAAAGAUAUAAAUUGUGAAAGUAUUUUUUUCUGGUGCUUCAAGUGACAUGUCAGGGUUUAUGCAUGACUGUUUACUGGACUUUAAGUAAGCUUAAUGUCAUAACAGAUAUCUAGCACAAGUAAAUCCAUCAUGCUUAGCAUAGUUGGAUUCAGUUUAUUUUGGGCGUUUUUAGCUCAGAGUGGUGCAGUUCUACAUUUAGUCAUUCCUGUCCUCAUUCUAUCUCUAUGAAGGAGUCUGUCACUAUUCCAUUUUACAAAUUGAAUGUACAGUAUAUGAAUAUUUUAAAUAAAACCACUGCCUCAGCAAUAUUCAAAGUAA